CAAAAGGCACAACGACCCUGAUUGCAUCCAAUAUAACUCCGGAUCAUUCAUCACUACAACACCGACUUGUGUGCCGCAUUAAUCGAGCUCGUGUACCAGUUCGUACGUGCGUACACUGACUAGAGGACCUCUGCGUGCACGCAGGUGUGUGCGUGUGCACGCGCUCGGAGGGAGCGCGCACAUGCCUCGAGUUGACUCGAGCAGUGUUCGGUGCCGGUGGAGGAGAGAUCACAACUUGUGAGUGUCGGCGGUGGAGCGCGACCCGUCGAGGGAUGCUGGCCCACUAGAUCGCAGCGUCAUCAAACCGGCGCUGAAACCGGAUAUUCGAACUUUGAAUUCUUUUUCUAUUGUUUUAAAGACGUUUUUAGUCCCUGCACUGAAGUUUACCUUGCUAAACAUGCUGAGUUCAAGAGUCACCAGUGCCCUUCUUUUAUCCGCCGUGCUCCGGUUGUUCUGCGGUAUCUCCGGUCAGGCGCCGAACUGCCACGAGGUUCGUGCUGUGUUUCACACUCUUCACCCGGGAUCCAAAUGGGUACCCGAAACCGCCGUGUCAGGUGCUGACCUGCAGGUUUGUCAAACCAAAGGCCUUGUCUGCUGUUCCAAAAAGAUGGAGGAGCGGUAUCAGGUAGCUGCUCGCAGCAAUAUGGAGUCCGGCCUCCAAGUUGUCAGUGCUCAACUCAAACGCAUUAUCAUCCAGAAUGCUGCAAUUUUCCAAGAGGCUUUCGACUUGGUGCUACGGCACGGUCGUAAUGCUACGCUGGCUAUGCUCAAAUCGGAGUUCCCCGCUCUUGGUGGUGCAGCUCAAAGUUCUGUUGGGCAGCUGUUUCUGGACAUGUCGCUUUACAUCCUGGGCUCCGACACAACAGUGGACAACAUGGUGACAUUGCUCAAUGGUCGCCUUUUUCACACGACAUAUCGCCGCCUUCUUGGGGGUAGCGGAUCUGUGUCUGAAGAGUGUGUUAGAGAAGCCUGGAAGGACUCAGGCGCAUUUGGCCCUUAUCCCAAAUUGAUGAUGACUCGUCUUUCCCGGUCGCUCCUUGCAACGCGAGUCUUUCUUCAGGCGUUGAACCUGGGCAUCGAGGUCGUUAAUACCACUGACCAUCUGCGACCCAGUCGGGACUGUGGCCGAGCCUUGAUGAAACUGUGGUACUGUCCGCACUGCCAGGGCUUGCUAGGGCCACCAGUCUGUCGAGGCUUUUGCCAAGUCGUCAUGCACAGCUGCCUGGGAGGAGCGGCCGAAGUUCAGCCUCAUUGGAAAACCUACGUGGACGGCUUGGGGAAGUUGGCAGCGUCUAUGAGCAGCGAGCAGGACAUGGAGGCUGUUGUCCUCAGACUGCCGGCUAUGAUCAAACUGGCUAUCAAACACGCAGUAAAUGCUCGCAGUCGUCUCAAUAGUGUGGUGAGUGGAAUGUGUGGACAAUCGCCACCGCGGUCCACCCGUUCUGUUGCAUCCCCCCCCUUCCAGCAUCCCGCUGCUUCUUUGACCCGCCACACUCAGACAUCACACUCAGAUCCUGAUGAGACCCUAGGAGGGCUCCGCAGGGAGUUCAUUUCCAAUCUGAGGGAAUUCAGCUCCUUCUACAGCGGUCUUGGGGAGUCUCUGUGCAACCGAGAGCCUGCUCCGGCAAACCACUCUCUCUGCUGGAAUGGACAAGAAAUGACAGACAAGUUUAUUGGUCCCAGCCUGAGGCGGUCUCACUCAGGUUCUGAAUCCAGAAGCAGCAAGCCUCUCGAGCCUGUCAUCAGUCAGAUGAUAGACAAACUCAAGCAUAUCAACCAGUUGCUGCGGCAUGUAACCGUAUCCGAAAAACGAUGGCGGGCCCAGACGCGCACAGGUGUGGUGAAGGGGUGGAACGAUGAAGGCGAAGAGGGAUUUCAGAGUGGUGACUGUGAUGAUGAGGAUGAGUGUGCUGGCGUGUCUGGCCUGGGACCACCACCACGACGAAAACGGUUACGCGUUUUUGCAGACCUUGCGGAUAACCUGGCAAUGGAUGACUUCACCUUUCAGGAGCAGCUUCUGACCCCUCGGCUGGCAACAGCAGGGGCUGGAGACAUCCCUUCCCCUGGGGCUGCACCAAAGGCCAUUUACCCGGUUUUGACGGUCCCUGUCACUCUAUGUUUCUUUCUUCUGUGUCAGCACUGACCGUCUGCCAUGUGCACUCAGUUGCACGCAUUGCUAGCUCUGCAGAACAACAGAAACUCUUUCAAUUUCAUUGUUCCAGAGACAUAUUUCAGAGAAAAAUGUAACAAAGCAUGAGCAUCAGAUAAUGCUCUCUUCGUUUCAAUUUAGUUUUUUUUUUCAAGAACGCCUCAUAAACUGGUGAUCUAACAUACAGUACAUGAGAAACCUUUUCUCUCUGCUUCACUCUAAUAUGAAGUCUUGGCUGUCCCUUAUUACUGAGCUAAUGCUUACCUGCACUGAAUUACUGCCUUGCAAGCGCAAGAUGUCACCCUUGGAAACGAAUGACCCUCUAUCUUGAGAAGUAAAACUCCACAUAUAAAAUUACUCACUAUUAUGAAAUGCCUCAAAAAUGUCUUAUUUAUUUCAAUUUUUUUUUAAUGUCCUACAUAUAGCUAAAUAAUUUCAGACUGGUUGCUCUUCCCGCCUCAUUUAAAAAAAAAGAGUUGGAGCCUGUGAGUAAAUGUACUGAAUGUCUCCUGUUACAAACAGUACUGUUUGUUUCUCUCUGUUGAUUCCAUGUUUAUAAUAUUCGUUCAUUUGUAAUAUUUGUCCGCAGGGUGGACUGUAUAAAAAAAAUGAGGAAAAAACGUAAUUUUUCAUGAUCUGUUUUAAGACAGAAUUGUAUGUAAAUAUUUUUGUGUAUUUUGUGUGAACAUUAACUACUUCCACCAAGCACAAAGUGCAAUACGUGAGGGUUUUUCCUGUUUUUUUUUUUGGUUUGUUUUUUUAUUAAUGACGGUCUGUUUAGCUGCAUAUUUUGAUGUAUCGAGCAGGUUGUUUCAUGAUUUUUUUUAUAGCAUGUGCCCAUUUAGUUUUGCUGACAAUCCACACAUUGACAACGCUGUAAAUAUUGACCAUUUAAAAUAAUCCAAUUGUUUAUCAAAUACACAAUUUAGAGAUUGAUAACACUUUCAAAUUUUGAAGACAUUUAAAUAAACAAGCAUAGGAUGGCCAGGUCCUUUCAGAAAAUCAUGUUACCUUUAAAAAAUGAAGACCAUACGCAGACCAUACUUUAUGCCUUGAGCGCUGAAUCACAGUAAACCAUCAAUUUGUCUUUUGUUAAUGUUUUGACGAGUGUUUACAGGAUGAUAAAUAUAUAUAGUGAAUAUUUCUGUGUUUAUAGAUUUGGAUGUGAUGUGUUGCUUUACUAAAUAGAAGUAAAAAUUUACAUUUAACUGAGCUUGAUUAAAGGUUUUUUUAUAUUCAGUACGUAAUUUAUCUUCUCUGAUUGUUCCAUACCGAUAUCGACAAAGAAUUCAGCGCUCACUAUAACUACAGUACAUACCUGUCUAUGAUGAAGGCAAUGAACACUCUUGAUUCAUAAGCAUCAGCAGUACUGUAAUGGCGUACCCUAAUGUAAGCACAAGGCAACAAAAUAUGAGUACACCAGUCAUAGCAUUUCACUUCCAUUUGCGGCAGCUCUUUUAUGCACUCUGUACAACUGUUCUCAGUACAUAUUGGGUCAAAGUAUUUUAGUUCAAUGUUUUUGUUGUUGUUUACUGGAAGCAUUCUUUUAAAAAAAAUGUUGGGUUAUUGCAUUUGGAAACGCAGCUGCCUCUAGUUGUAUUUCAAAGUGUGUGAAGACCUGCAAUAUAAAGUGGCUGCCACUUCAAAGCGCAGGGACUAGACUGACCACACUUAACCAAAGUGUCUCUUGUUCAUGUCGGCACACAAUAAGUCAGUGAGCUGCAAUCGCAAAUUGUAUCACUAUUGUGAUUUUGCCAUGAGAAAAUAUUUGAAACAACCAACUACAUUGGAGGAAAUGAGGGAUAUUUAAUUCCAAUGAAUGUACUGUAUUUAAAAUGAAUAAUGAAUGACUUGACAUGUAUGUCCACGUCUAAUGUAAAUAAAUAAUCCCGUUGGUUAUAUUUAUUUCUAAUAUGUUUGUGAUAUACCAUUUUAUAAUGCUAUUAAAAG